CCCGGUUGACACAGUGCAGUACAGUACACGCAGAGAGCUACCGCACCGCAGCCAAGAGGCGCCGAGGGAGACGGUGCUGAAAGAAACAUUGGAAACACAACUUCUCAAACAGCGAGAGAGCGGUGCAUUUAUUUGGGGGGGAGGUGGGGUGGGGGAGGGCUCAAGAAGAUGACUCUGAACACACAGAGAGACAGCAAGGAGACACUACGAAGAAGGGCCAGUACCCCGCUCCCUGCUUCACACCAAGCCGGACCCGGAGACCGCAAAACGACCUCCGACCCACAGCACCCCGCACUCGGGCAUUCCGCCUCCUAUCACCCAGGGGACAAAACAAUCCGGAGUCGGGCCAGCUGGUCAUCCGAUUCCGAGGAUUCCGACAGCUCCGGAGCGGACUCUUUGUACCGGGUUGUCUUGCUGGGGGACCCCGGCGUGGGGAAGUCGAGCCUGGCUAACAUCUACGCGGGGACACAGGAGAAGGAUGCUAAUGAACAUCGUGGAGAGGAGUCCUAUGAACGAACGCUAACAGUAGACGGGGAGGAGACGACUCUGAUUGUGAUGGACACGUGGGAAACUGAAAAGCAGGAGCAGGCUGAGAAUUGGGUUCAGGAUUACUGCAUGCAGGUUGGCAAUGCGUACGUCAUCGUGUACUCCAUCACAGACCGGGCGAGCUUCGAGAGCGCGUCCGAGCUGAGGAUCCAGCUGCGCAGGGCGAGGCAAGCCGAAAACAUCCCCAUCAUACUGGUGGGGAAUAAAAGUGACCUGGUCCGCUGCCGAGAGGUGUCUGUGGAAGAGGGCCGGGGCUGCGCUGUGGUGUUCGACUGCAAGUUCAUCGAGACGUCGGCGGCGCUACAUCACAACGUGCAGGAGCUCUUCGAGGGCAUCGUGCGGCAGAUCCGGCUGCGCAGGGACAGCAAGGAGACCAACGAGCGCAGGAUGUCUGUCUACAAGCGCAAGGAGAGCAUCACCAAGAAAGCGCGCAGGUUCCUCGACAGACUGGUAGCGAAAAACAACAAGAAGAUGGCCUUGAAGGUGCGCUCCAAGUCUUGCCAUGACUUGUCCGUUCUUUAAAAACGCAGCGACCCUCUGACUAUGUGAGCGCUGCAGAGACACAGCGGCUCACUUUCAUGGCCUUUUUCUAUUUUUCCAGGAGCAAAACGAUAUUUGGCAGCCUUACGGUUUCGAGGAAAAGAGACUUUUUCUUGAAUUUUUUUUUUUUUUUAACUUUUGUAUUUUAUGGACUCCUUAAAAGCCAUUCCCAUGUGUCACUCUUGUGAACCAGCAGUUUAAUUUCACAGCUACAGCUCGAGUCUCAAUCAGAUCAAGGAAAGACAUCCAAAGCCUGACCUAUGCACAAAUGUCACAAAAUAGUUGCCUUGUCAGGUCAGUGAUUUUGGAUUAGCAGAAACCAUCCACACAGAUUAACCAAACUGAGACAGACAAGUAUUUUACUGUGAGUGUGAUUCUUUUUUUUUUCUUUUCACUUCUAGAGUUACGGGACUGAAAAACUAGAAGCCGCUAAAUAGUUUCUGAUCGGUUUUUCAUCUGCCUUUUCUCUCCAAAUGAAGCAGAAACCUUUAGAAAAAGUCGCAUGGUAUAAUACAGAUCGUAGUGCUGAUCAUUCAUAUGCUAACGUUUUGGUUUAUCAGAUUGUAUGACGCGUUGGCCGCUGCUGCUAAUAGUGUCCGUUCUCCUGCACUGUGCUCAGUCUUCACAAACCUGUCUCUACAAACUUGGGUGUUUGUAUUUGAGUAAAUGAGACACGAGCCGACAAGCAGGCUACUGCACAGUGUUUAUGUCAUGCAAAUAAGGGGGCUUAAUGGGGAGGGGGCUAUUAUGAAAAGCUCUGAUGUGCUCACUGAGUUUAAAAGUAACUGUACAGAAUAGCCUGUGUGCUCCACACAGCCCAUCAGACAGCACGUUAGUCCCUCACUCCUGACUUACCAUCCCAGCAGCUGCUUACAAUCCCUGUUAUAAUGUUCUCUUAGUUUCCCGCGUCACUGUCUUAAAAGCAAUGCACACGGUUGUGUAACAUCCACAAUGCAGCACACCCGUCUGUGUGUCUGUGUGACCGAUGGCCGGCUGAUAAAUGGCAGCUUUAUUUGCAGAGCUUGUGCAGAAGUGAGAUUCUGCUCCCCCCCCCCCUGAUGGCCAGCCUGUUUGCAGGCCUUCCUUGGACACACACCAGCCAGUGCUUUCACUGAGGCGGCUUGUGAAAGGAACGAGCAAUAAAAUGGAUACAAAUGAAAGACAAUUUGUGGAGCUACUACACAUUUUGUAAAUAUAUGAUGUUUUGGGGGGGGGGGGGGGGGUUAUAAUAAAAACUAUUAGUGGCACUUUUUUGCAGUGAAUUUGUCUUUGACUCUGUUAAUAAGAGCACAAGGUUAGUUUGGGAUUUCAAAGGCUUGUUUUUCAUGGGGGUCCUGAACACCGUUAAACACAUAUACUAUUACUCUGAGAAUAACAUAACAUCACACACUAAACCAGCUGGGGUUGUUACCAGGGUUCUGAGAAACCGCACAUUCACGGGCCGAGGUGCCGGGAUAAAUGGGCCUCGUUGCGAGUCAAGCAGAAGGGGUUUGCCUGUGAAAUGUCUGGAUUCUCACAAAGAUGCUGCUGUGACCCCAGGUCUGGAUUCUCACAAAGCAGCUGCUGGGUCCGUCCUUGUUUGUUUGCUUCGUUGUUUUUUCAAACAAUGAAUUAAGAUGCAGUUUAUGCAGAACAGCAAGGAAUGCAAUUACACCGAUGAGAACAUGGUGCUGAAUGUGCCCAGUGACUGUAGCCAUAGCUGCAAACCUCAGCACUCCAGUAUUUGUAUUGGUAAUAUACAUAUAUAUAUAUAUAUCAUUGCCUUGUGUUAUUGCCAUGUAUUAGCCAGCAUGAUAAAUGACACAGUAUCUUAUGACCAGUGUUAAGACUCUACAAGGAACAAGACUAUAGUAUGUUGCUUGACAUCUUCAUGUUCUCAGUUAAAAGUAUUAAUACCAAACAUUUUUUAACAGCUGGCUUUUAUACAACUGUUCUCUUUAAUCAAGGUUGAUAACAAACCAAAAACCUGUGAGGUUUAUGUGGAGUUCCCAGUGUCCUAUAGCUUACAUAAUGAAUUCUACAAUAAUAAUAAUAAUAAUAAUAAUAAUAAUAAUAAUAAUAAUAAUAA